UCUCCAGACGCUGCUUUUGAACACAGGCCUUCCUUCAGGGUUGUAGUGGGAAGUAGACCAUUCAGUGAAAGAUGGAAAAUUCAAAGAAAAGUUCGAAGUCAACUGAUGAGAAGCCUAAAGGAUUUAACAGAAGAGGGGCAAUCAGAGAAAAGAAUGUUUAUGAAAUAAAAGACCAUAAAUUUGUGCCAAAAUUCUUUAAACAGCCAACAUUUUGCGCUCACUGCAAGGAUUUCAUUUGGGGCUUUGUGCAAACGCAGGGAUACCAGUGUAAAAUCUGCUGCUUUGUGGUUCACAAGCGAUGCCAUGAAUUUGUCUCGUUCCAGUGUCCAGGCUCAGAUAUAUCUAAAGACUCUGAUGCACCACAGUCGCCGCACAGAUUUAAAGUUCACACGUACACAAGUCCGACGUUUUGUGACCAUUGUGGAUCGCUCCUUUAUGGCCUUCUCCACCAAGGACUCAAGUGCCAAGCCUGUGAGAUGAAUGUUCACAAAAGAUGUGAGAAAUCAGGCUGCAUUCCAAAGUUAUGUGGCGCGGAUCACACAGAACGGCGGGGUCGCAUCCACCUCAAGAUUAAAUACACUGCCAAAUCAGAAAAUGAGGGAGAUUUGGAAGUGGAAGUGCGGGAAGCAAAGAACUUGAUCCCAAUGGACCCAACUGGCCUUUCUGAUCCUUACGUCAAAGUAAAACUGAAGCCUGACCCUGAAAAGGAGACUAAGAAGAAGACACAAAUCAUGAAAAAGAAUCUCAAUCCAGUUUGGAAUCAAAAAUUCGUGUUUAAAAUAGCCAAACAAGAUCUGGAUAGAAGACUCAGCGUAGAGGCCUGGGACUGGGAUAGAACGACAGCUAAUGACUUCAUGGGAUCAAUGAGUUUCGGUGUUUCAGAGUUGAUAAAGAACCCAGUGGAGGGGUGGUUUAAGCUCUUAAACAAAGAAGAGGGUGAAUUUUACAAUGUACCGAUCCAAGAUGAUAUUGGCACGGCACUUGCAGAGUUGCGCAAGAAAUUCAAGUUCUUGAAGCCGAAGGAAGAUGAGAAGAUUGCGCCAGUUGAACCAAGUGCCCCGGCUGGGGAGACAUCGCUGCCUUCCAUGAAGCCAGAAGACUUUACAUUCCUCAAGUUGAUUGGAAAAGGAAGCUUUGGAAAGGUUAUGCUUGCUGAGCAUAAAGCGACGGAAGACGUCUACGCAAUCAAGGUUCUAAAAAAAGACGUUGUGCUGCAAAAUGACGAUGUUGUUUGUGUCAUGACUGAGAAGCGAGUGCUGGCAUUACAGGGGAAGCCACCUUUUCUCACCGCAGUACAUUCAUGUUUUCAGUCACAGGAUCGGCUUUACUUUGUGAUGGAAUUCGUCAAUGGAGGCGAUCUGAUGUUCCAUAUUCAGCAGGUUGGCAAAUUCAAAGAACCACAAGCUGUUUUCUAUUCCGCAGAAAUUGUAGAGGGGUUGCUGUUUUUGCAUAAACGUGGCAUCAUCUACAGAGACCUGAAACUAGACAAUGUGAUGUUAGAUAGCGAUGGCCAUAUCAAAAUUGCUGAUUUCGGCAUGUGCAAAGAAAACAUAUUUCCACCCAAGACAACAAGGACAUUUUGUGGAACUCCAGAUUACAUUGCUCCAGAGAUUAUUGCUUACCAACCAUAUGGAGCAAGCGUUGAUUGGUGGGCCCUUGGCGUUCUUAUUUACGAAAUGUUGGCAGGGCAGCCUCCGUUUGAUGGAGAGGACGAAGAUGAGCUAUUCAACUCCGUUCUAGAACAGAAUGUCUCUUUCCCAAGAUCAAUAUCCAAGGAAGCAGUAUCAAUUGUCAAGGGUUUUUUAACAAAGCAUCCACAAAGACGACUAGGAUCUGGUGAGACAGGGGAACAAGACAUUAGGGAUCAUGUGUACUUCCGGCGCAUUGAUUGGAAUAAAUUAGCAAAUAGAGAGAUUCAGCCUCCUUUUAAACCAAAUGUGCGAUCCAAGCGAUCAUUCGACAAUUUUGACCCCGAGUUCACCGAGGAAGCUGCGAGGCUGACACCAAUCGACAGAAAUUUCAUCCAAAACAUUGACCAUCGCGUAUUUGAUGGGUUUUCUUUCGUGAAUCCUACAAUGAAUUCGCUGGGUAAAUGACAUUUUAGCAAGAUUAGUACAAGUUACUUAUCCUAUGGGAAAUCGAAGGCCCUUGCACAGUCAUCGAGGUAGUAUAUUUAGAAUUGAAUUUAAUCAUUUUGGGCACAAAUUUGCACAUAUAUUCUGCAUAUAUUCUGCAUAUAUUCUGCACUAAGUGUCUUCACUUGGUAUUCACUCAUCACCUAGAAACAUAUAAGGGAACUUGAUCUUAGCGCUCUUGCAACGAUAUUCCACUACCAAAUCGGAUCCACCCCUUUUUAUGGGAAAUCCUGUCUUGCGAUUUUUCCAAUCUGUCCCCUAUUGUGCUCAACUUCUAUUUUCACUAGAUUGAAAUUAACGCACCGUUGCACGUGUUGAGCUUGAUCGGUAAUUAAACGAUUCGGAUCUUUGAUUCCAGGAAUUGAUUCCAGGAAUUGCUUCCAAUAUCCACCCAAUGCUAGUAGGAUAAAUCUUCUUGCCAUUUCAAAUAGGAUUUUGUUCGCAAUUUGAAAUAUCGUUCACUACCAGAGCUAGGCCAGCCAAAGCGAUUAGCGUAAUCGAUUUCGGCGGGAAACCUAUUGUUCAUGUUACCCAAUCAUUGAGGGGCCAAUCAUUGAGGGGAAGACUGGCUUUAAAUUGUUUUAGAACAGUUCAAAAGUAUUAAGCAAUGAUAAACUGCAAUGAUAUCAGCAAACAUUUACCUAAUUGCCUUCAAUUUUUGGGCUUUUAUCAACUAGUAAAUUAUGUACUUGCAUCAAUGACCAUACGGGAUUCAUACUCUGCUUAUGCACCUUUUCUUUCGAUAUCUUCAAUCGUCCUAAUUCUGAAGUUUAGAGACCAGAUUAUAAGAACCCUAAGAAUAUUUAUUCUUAAUCAAAUAUCAGAUGCAAGUCUCAUGUCAUUACCACAGACGUUCUAAAGCCUUUCUUGUUGCCUGCAAAUUUGGGUCUUUUAUCAAUUAGUUGGAGUUCUAUGAAAUAUAAUAACAAUUUAUUAGGUAUGUUCAAGUAUUUAUCGCUGAUAUGCUUGCCAUUAUGGGACUUUAAAAUGGCAAAACGUUACUCAAUAGCAAUAAAUUGUGGCAUCAUGGAUAAUUGAUAAAUUAUGAUACCUUAUAUAACUUGUAUGUUGGGUUAAAUCUAAGCAACUUGCUCUCAUUAAUUUAUAUAUUGAAAAACUGUAUUAUUCAAAUAAUUUCCUUUGUAGUUUCGCGGGUUUUAUGUAUUAUCUUGUUAUUUCGAACAAAAAC